GAAACCUCGACGCCGCCGUCCCAUGCACGCGAGCCGCAUUCUGCAGCCUAACGCCGCACCGCGAGAAUUGUUGCUUCGCUGGGCACGUACGUACGACGUCUCGCCACCCUCUCUCUUUCUCUCUCUCCCUCUCUUCCUCUCUUUUGCUCACAUCCCGUCCUGUGCCACUUCAAUGUCAGUCGCACACCGCCGCUACCCCGUCGCACCGAGCAAGAGAACGGAGGAGUAUAGCUACAUCCACGUCACUAUCCGCGCAGUGUUUGACAGCUACUCACCCGCCAUGCACGGAAACACAGCAGCAAUAGUAGGUCGUAACGGCAACAACCACGGAAAUCCCCACACCAGCAGCAACUCCAGCAGGCAGCAGAAGAAGAAGCGCAGCGUACCCGGCGCGCAUGGCCACCACAGCCCCUGCCCACCUACAUGCCUACACACAGCCAAGUCCCUCGUCACCCCCCUCUUCUCACCACCGCUCCUCCAGGCCCAGCCCUCCUCCUUAACCACCCCGUCCGUCUCCCUCCGCCCACGCACGUUGCGCCCACACCAACCCCGCCUAGCUCUCAGCGCACAAACGCACGCCUCCGCGUCGCGCCCACCGCCCGCGUGCAACGGCGCAAUCGCCACACAUGCACCACCACCACCACCACCAGCACGGCCGACGACUGCGCCCGGCCAGCAGAAGCAGUGCGUGCGUGCGUGUGUGCGUGUGUGUGUGCGCUGCUGAGAGCCAGCUGGCUAGCUAGCUAGCGAGGUGGGAAGGUGUGGCGGCGGCGGCGGCUGUGCGACCGCCGACGGACGGGGCGGGGACGGACUUGCUGCGCGAUUUGGGCGGGCGGGCUUGCUUGCUUGCUUGCUUGCGUGUGUGUGCACAAGCUGGGUGCGUAAGUGGGUGCUUGAGAGUCAGUGGAUG